GAGAUGACGGACGCAUUUGAUGAAACACAGGAAAUAUCAAAGGAAGAAUACCUUUGUUUACAUUGGUCCGAAGAAGCAGGAAACGCUUCAAUUUGAUUAGUUUAGAAAUUAUCUAGGCACGUUUUCUUGUUGAAUCACUUUGCAAAACAAUGAAAAACGAUCCAAUUGUCUUGUUUAGUUAGCUCUCUGGAGCAUGGUGAUGAUGUCAGCUUGCUACGAUGGUAGCUAGCUAGCUAUCUCGACGUUAGCAACAAUCAGUCGCUAGCUAAACAGUUCACGGAGGACGACUGACUAUGAUUUUUGACCUCCGAUGUUAUUAAGAAAUUAAAAGAUUUAUAAACGUUUAAACAAAAUGGAUAUCAGUCUAACAGUUUCCCUAAUGCAGGGCCAGAUGGGUACCGUGAUAGAGAGAGCGGUGAGUGCCGCUGUUGAGACGGUGUUAGGGGAGAUGCUGAAGGUGGUCGGUAUUAAAUUCGACGAGCUGAAGAGGGAGGUCGCGGCAAAAGAAAAAGAGACCGAGGGCAUCAGACAGAUGCUGGACAUAUCCCGAUCUCAGAUGAAGACAAUGCGGAAGUACAUGAACGCUCUGGGUGCCAGGCAGCAGGAGCACUCUGCCACUUACCGGACGAACCAGAGUACAGCAUUCGGCCAUUCGGAUCCGCAUAGACUUCACGGUUCCUCAGCGGCUGCAUCCGAGGCAGCACAGUCCUCGGGUUUACCACAACCACAGAGAAGGACGGUUACCAACACCCACAUUGGCAUUACAAAUGGAAACGUACAGUCAAGAAAUCAAAUCACUAUCGCCCUACCUUUUGAUAACUUGGCCGGUUCCUCCCAACCUUCUGAGAAUAUUAUCAGGGCCACGUCAUCAUCGUUUGACAGCCACGAUGACCUGACUGCCACGGUCUCACAAGCUCUGGAGGGCCCACCAUUGAUCACCACUGUCUCUGCAAUAAACAGUUCAUCAGAGCACCUGGAACCUUUGAAAGAGGAGCCCCCAGCCCCCCUUGACCCCGAGGUGUCUGAUGAGAGCCAGAGGAGGAGGGAGGAGGAAGAAGAAGAGUGUCAGGCUGAGUGGACCAUCAUUACACAGCCACCAGAGACCAGCACAGACCCUGAGGACCAGCCGGUCCUCUCCCCACCCAGGACUGACGGAGCAGAUUGCUUUGCCACCACGGCUGCUGGGAGUGCCCAGCCACCCUCUCAGUUCCUGUCCCAGCCUCGGCUCCAGGUGAAAGAGGAGGAGGCCGAGGUGGACAUCAUCUGUAUCAAGCAGGAACCUGAGGACGUUGAGAGUUUGCUGUUCAACCUGGCUGCUGAGGUCCUCAACGCCCAGGGAAACCUUUUAGACUGCCACAGGACAGUAGCCUCACAGGGCCAGAGCGACAGGACAGUAGCCUCACAGGGCCAGAGAGAGAGGACAGUAGCCUCACAGGGCCAGAGAGAGAGGACAGCUUCCCGUCCCUCACAGAGCCAGAGGACAUUAACAGAGCACACAGUGUUCAGCUCAGCCAGCCCUUGUACAUAUGGGCUGUCCCAGCCAGUGAUGUCCAUGUCACGCGGAGUUGCUCCCAGGCCGAUGGUACGUCCGUGGCCCAAAGACCUGAGUCUCUACGAGGAGUUUAAAAUGAGACGAACUGAGCUGAGGAGGAGGAGCCAGACCCGUCGGAGGGAGAUGGAGAAGAACCUUCCCCAGCAUCUAUUAGCUGACCUGGUGAAGGAGAGACGGGAGAAGACCCGGCUCAGAGUGGCCCGCUGGAGAGCCAAGAGGAAGAUGCAGGCCUGCCUACUGACUCAGAUGAGCAAGACACAACACCAGACUGGACCGGGUCUGGGCCAGGGGAACAGUGAGCUGGGGAAUCAUAGCCCGAUUAGCCACCACACACAGCACAAAACCACAGGCCCUACUCAGGGUCAGCAGAGGAACCGUGCUGCCUUAUCUCAGUCCAAUCACAGUUUUGUGUACAACAGAAGUCAGUGUGAGAGUCACGUAGACCCUCUCCACUUCAACUCCUCCUCUCUAAUGGCGGGGCAACGUGGAGGACACAAUAUGGUGGAACCUGUGAUGCAGCCCGCCGUGAUGUCAUCCUCACAGCAGGGCCUGACUGACUCAGAGCUCUACCAGUAACAGAUCAACGGUACCAGUUCUACUCUACCAGUAACAGAUCAACGGUACCAGUUCUACUCUACCAGUAACAGAACAACGGUACCAGUUCUACUCUACCAGUAACAGAACAACGGUACCAGUUCUACUCUACCAGUAACAGAACAACGGUACCAGUUCUACUCUACCAGUAACAGAACGGUACCAGUUCUACUCUACCAGUAACAGGAUAUCAAUGGUACCAGUUCUACUCUACCAGUAACAGAACGGUACCAGUUCUACUCUACCAGUAACAGAUCAACGGUACCAGUUCUACUCUACCAGUAACAGAGCAACGGUACCAGUUCUACUCUACCAGUAACAGAACGGUACCAGUUCUACUCUACCAGUAACAGAACAACGGUACCAGUUCUACUCUACCAGUAACAGAACGGUACCAGUUCUACUCUACCAGUAACAGAUCAACGGUACCAGUUCUACUCUACCAGUAACAGAGCAACGGUACCAGUUCUACUCUACCAGUAACAGAACGGUACCAGUUCUACUCUACCAGUAACAGAACGGUACCAGUUCUACUCUACCAGUAACAGAGCUCAACGGUACCAGUUCUACUCUACCAGUAACAGAGCUCAACGGUACCAGUUCUACUCUACCAGUAACAGAGCAACGGUACCAGUUCUACUCUACCAGUAACAGAACAACGGUACCAGUUCUACUCUACCAGUAACAGAGCUCAACGGUACCAGUUCUACUCUACCAGUAACAGAGCUCAACGGUACCAGUUCUACUCUACCAGUAACAGAACAACGGUACCAGUUCUACUCUACCAGUAACAGAACAACGGUACCAGUUCUACUCUACCAGUAACAGAGCAACGGUACCAGUUCUACUCUACCAGUAACAGAACGGUACCAGUUCUACUCUACCAGUAACAGAACGGUACCAGUUCUACUCUACCAGUAACAGAACGGUACCAGUUCUACUCUACCAGUAACAGGAUAUCAAUGGUACCAGUUCUACUCUACCAGUAACAGAACGGUACCAGUUCUACUCUACCAGUAACAGAACAACGGUACCAGUUCUACUCUACCAGUAACAGAACGGUACCAGUUCUACUCUACCAGUAACAGAUCAACGGUACCAGUUCUACUCUACCAGUAACAGAACGGUACCAGUACCAGGAUAUCAGAGGACAUUUGUUUUGUAGAGUAUUGUAAAGCAUCCUAUUCUCUAUGUGGUGCUCUACUCUUGACAACGGACUUUUUGUCUUUCGAGGGAAUACGUUGACUUAUGGGACACAACCUAUUCCUUCUGGCUGGGCUAACAACAUGAGAUAUUUCACAUGGAAUUGUGUGAUUGCAAAAUUAUCUUACUAAGACAAAAUGUAUUUAAAUGUGCUUUUAUUUUAGGAUAACAGCCUACUAAUUAUUUCAUUUCUGUAAAAAAAAUUACCCCAAAAUGUUUUGUUGUUCAACAAUUCUUUAUUAAAGUACCAUUAUUUAUGUUAAAAUAGAGACAAUGACCAUCCUCACAUAGAAAUAUACAUACUACAUUACCUGUAUAACUGAUAGGAUCAUAACAUGGAGGAGACUGUACUGUAUAACUGAUAGGAUCAUAACAUGGAGGAGACUGUACUGUAUAACUGAUAGGAUCAUAACAUGGAGGAGACUGUACUGUAUAACUGAUAGGAUCAUAACAUGGAGGAGACUGUACUGUAUAACUGAUAGGAUCAUAACAUGGAGGAGACUGUACUGUAUAACUGAUAGGAUUAUAACAUGGAGGAGACUGUACUGUAUAACUGAUAGGAUUAUAACAUGGAGGAGACUGUACUGUAUAACUGAUAGGAUCAUAACAUGGAGGAGACUGUACUGUAUAACUGAUAGGAUUAUAACAUGGAGGAGACUGUACUGUAUAACUGAUAGGAUCAUAACAUGGAGGAGACUGUACUGUAUAACUGAUAGGAUCAUAACAUGGAGGAGACUGUACUGUAUAACUGAUAGGAUUAUAACAUGGAGGAGACUGUACUGUAUAACUGAUAGGAUCAUAACAUGGAGGAGACUGUACUGUAUAACUGAUAGGAUUAUAACAUGGAGGAGACUGUACUGUAUAACUGAUAGGAUCAUAACAUGGAGGAGACUGUACUGUAUAACUGAUAGGAUCAUAACAUGGAGGAGACUGUACUGUAUAACUGAUAGGAUCAUAACAUGGAGGAGACUGUACUGUAUAACUGAUAGGAUUAUAACAUGGAGGAGACUGUACUGUAUAACUGAUAGGAUCAUAACAUGGAGGAGACUGUACUGUAUAACUGCACCCAUGCCAAGCAAAUUGUUUUCCUUGGGCAAACUUUGUCAAUAUUGUUGAAUCUAAAAUGUUAUUUAUAAUCUUUCUGCAACUGUAUUUAAAUAAAUGUUAAUAUAUAAUAUG